UACACACACACACAAAGGGCAGGGCAGUGUGGAUUCUCUCUCUCAAAGACCCCAAUGAAUUUCUAGUGAGAGAGAGGAAGAGGAAAACUGCCAUUUUACACAAAUACUGCACUCUUUUUUGCUACAAAUCGGAGCAAUGAAAGUGUCAACUGGAGACUGUAGUUGCACAGUCGAAAGUGACAAUAGAGAUACUACUACUACUAGUAGUAGUGUUGGUAUUAGUGGUGAUGACGGCGCCGGAGAAGUGGGUGGAAGGGUGGUAGCGGUGGUGGGAGUGAAGUUAGAUUCCAGAAGUAAAGAGUUACUCACUUGGGCUUUGGUUAAGGUUGCUCAGCCUGGAGAUCAUGUUGUGGCUGUACAUGUCCUGGAUCCAAAUUCUGAAAAAUCAGAACCGCUUUCACUGGUGAAGUCAUUUGACUCGAUGCUGUCUGCUUAUGAGGGAUUCUGCAAUUUAAAGCAGGUGCAUUUGAAGCUUAAAGUCUGCCGAGGAUCACCAGUUCGUAAAGUUCUUGCUCGUGAAGCAAAAUUGGAAAGUGCUAUAAAUUUGAUUAUUGGGACUUCAGGCAGCCAUCAUGCCAUUCGGUCAUCAGUGUCACUUGCAAAAUACUGUGCUAGGAAAGUGACAAAGAGCAUCUCUGUUAUUGCUGUUGACAAUGGCAAGAUUGUUUAUCAAAGGGAAGCAAGUGCUUCAGAUGGAGAUGAAUCUAGUGAUUCAGAUGUGCCCAAAUCAAGAUUCAAGAGGAGGAAGACACUGACCAAAAGUCCUCUGAGCUUAGUGCCUAAGAAAGCCGUGGAAGAAAACUCUUGUACACCAGAGAACAAUCACAUGGCAUUGGUUGUUAAGCCUAUUGAAGUCUGGGAGUCAAAGUCUCGCUGGACACUGCUUCGACGAGUGUUUCUUCACAACUUCGUGGCACCUGAUAAAUUUCCUGCGAAAAGGUCAUCUGUGAUGCAAUGGGUUUGGAAACGACCAAGUCGGCAAUCUUUUGCAGCUAUCUACCCUGAUCAUAAACAGAGUGUAUCUGACAAGGAUGAGCCUCAUCGUACAAACUUGGAUGAAGAGAAGGGGGCAAUUAUUCCUGUUGGAAGUGAUGCUAAUCCAAUUUCAGAUGAAUGCUUUGUUAUCCUUCCUGGGGAACUGGAGGGUCUUUCUGAAAGGUACUCAUCAAUUUGCAGAUUGUUCAAUUACCAGGAGCUUUGUUCAGCAACAUCUGAUUUCCUGCCCGAGAAUUUGAUUGGAAAAGGAGGCAGCAGUAAGGUUUACAAAGGGCACCUUGCUGGUGGAAUGCAACUGGCUGUGAAGAUAUUGAAGCCAUCUGAAGCUGUGGCACAGCAAUUCCGUUCGGAGAUAGAGAUACUCACAACUCUUCAUCACAAGCACAUAAUAUCACUGUUUGGGUUUUGUUUAGAGGCGAACAACCUUUUACUGGUUUAUGAUCUGUUAUCCAGAGGAAGCUUAGAAGAGAAUCUCCAUGGUUCCAAAAAGGAUGAAAAUUCAUUUAGCUGGGUAGAUAGAUACAAGGUUGCUUUGGGUGUUGCUGAGGCACUGGACCACCUACACAAUGCAGUUGAUGGCCCCAUAAUCCACCGGGAUGUGAAAUCUUCAAACAUUCUCCUGUCCGAUGAUUCUGAGCCGCAGCUUUCAGAUUUUGGACUUGCAACGUUGGCCUCAAGCUGUUCAAAUCAUUUAGAUAGCAUUGAUGUUGCUGGAACAUUUGGCUACUUGGCUCCUGAGUACUUUAUGCAUGGAAAGAUAACUGAAAAGAUUGAUGUGUAUGCAUUUGGUGUUGUUCUCCUUGAGCUUUUGUCUGGUAAAAAGCCAAUUGAUAAUGGCAACGGGAAAGGUCAGGAAAGCUUAGUCAUGUGGGCGAAACAAGUUCUGAAGGGUGGGAACAUGAAGGAGUUGCUAGAUCCAAGCUUGAUUGACACUUAUGAUCAUGAUCAGUUUGAGAGAAUGGUUUUGGCAGCAUCACUGUGCAUCAGACGAGCUCCUGGAAUUAGACCUCAAAUUGACAUUGUGGUUAAACUCCUCCAAGGUGAGUCUGAAACAAUUAAGUGGGCGAUGGAAGAAGGCAAAGCUUUAGAAGAAGUAGAUGCUGUCGAUGGUGAACAACCACCCUCAAACAUACAAUCCUUUAUUAAUCUUGCAUUGCUGAAUUUGGAGGAUGAGUCCUCACUUUCAUGUAACAGCACGGGACCAACCAUUUCUGUGGAGGAUUAUUUGCAAGGGAGGUUUAGUCGGUCUUCAAGUUUCGAUUAACCAUUCCUAUGAUAGGUGUCUAUGGCUAUAACAAGUAACCCUUUUUCUGUAAAUACCGAGCUUUCCUUCUUGAUUGAUAUCCCCAUCGCUGGGUCCUGGUACGAGAGGUUUCAAACCAUUGACCUCCUCCUUGCCUAGCCUGGGCUGAUUUUUGCUUCAACUAUGGCCUUUUUCCACAGUUUCUUUUUUGGGGUGUAGUAACAAAUGCUGCAGAUGCUUCAAGCUGAGUUAUUGUAAAUCAAAUCCAAAGUUGAGGUGUAAUUAAACAUCUUUCAUAUUUAGUUGGAAGAAAAUUACUUUAGUUGUCAAUAGAGAGCUUUAACAAAUUCUGGAAAUUCUACCCUUUGACCUGUAUUGCAACCUUAAUUUUUACUUUGUAGAGAAGUGUUUUUUCCUCCUCCUAAAUUCUAAUAUUACAUAUUUUUAUUUUUUCGUGAGU